AUGUUUCGAAUCCAGUGGCUUCAAUACCUGACCGUGUCGCUAUCGAUCCUGUCGCUCGCGUUCGCGACAGAUCCUCGACCGACUGACCGCGCAAUGCUUCGUGAGUCUGAGUCACUCCAGGACGCUCUAGCCAAAAUCAACGCGAACUCCCUCCACGAGGCGCUGCACGUCCUGUCUCGCAGAUUUCAACAUGGCAUUUUCGAGACUGACAUGAACGCCGCCGAAGCCAUGCAAGCCGAGGACGAGAGAAUCGCAACUCUGCUGAGUCUGGCCAAGCGUGACAGCAACUCGACCACUUCUCCCUUGCCGGUCACCACCUCAGAAGUGACCACUUCCCCAGAGCCCGUCACUUCGCCUGCCCCCAUCACCACCGCAGUUCCUCCCACGGAAUCUGCCACCACCACUGUCGCCCCAGUGACCACUUCGCACUCGACCACGCAGGUUGCCCCCGUCACCACGCAGUCGACGACUUCAAUUGUGGAACCUACCACGGUCAAGCCCACCACGUCCUCCAGCUCGACCACGACCUCCUCCAGUUCCAGCUCCACUCACGACUCCACCACACAGGCAGCUCCCAGUACCACGUCGACAACCGCGCAAGCGCCUUCCUCCACGUCCACGUCGCAAGAGGCUCCUCGCACUACCUCUGAGACCAGCACGACGCAAUCGACUCUCUCCACUACCACCAGUCGUGCUCCGUCGUCAUCGUCCAACACCGCCGAAAGUACCGAUAGUUCUUUCACAACGACUUUCAAGAGUACUUCCACCAAGCCCGACGGCAGUCUGGAAACCAUCACCUCAACCGCGAUUGUCCACGUGCGUCCAACAGGCGGAUCUGGCUCUUCUCCUACGAAGACCGGCUCUGCCCCCGGCUUGCAGACUACCGGUGCUGCGUCCAUCAACACCGUCAAUCGUUCCUGGGAGGUGAUGGCCAUGGUCUGGGGCGCCCUGGUAGCUGUCAUGGCACUGUAA